AUGAGCAUUCCAAUUUUACUUUUUGGUGGAAUAUUUAAUCUUAUUGUAUUUUUAAGUCUAAAAACUUUUCGAAAAAAAUCAUGUUCACUCUAUCUAAUGAUUAUGCCAUGGUUUAAUAUUGGUCAAUUACUUACUGGUAAUCUUUCACGAAUGAUAAAUGCUGGAUAUAAUAUUGAUUGGACGCAUAAUUCAUUAUUUUAUUCAUCUUUGAUCUUUUCAAUAUUGCACGAGAUUCCUUCAAUUAUUUACUCGAAUUAUGGCCAUUCAGCUCUUUCAAAUCAACCUAUUUAUAUUAUUACUAAUAGCAUAUAUCAACAGUACAAAGCAUAUGGUUACUUUUUAGUACUAGCUGGUUUUCUACCAGUGUUUAUUCCUGUUAUUUUUGGAUCAUUAGCAUAUAAAAAUGCUCCAGAACUAACCUAUCGAACAGUUCCAAAUUGUUCGACUUUUACAGUUAUGAUGCCUUAUAACAUGUAUGUAACUGUGGCAACUAUCUUAAAUUUAAGAGACGGUCCAGUUGCUGCUGCCAAGUUACAAUUUGCUGAAUCUUUAACUAUAGCCGUUUAUUAUUCAUAUUUUGCAGCUCCAUUUUAUAUUUACGUUUCUGUAUCAAGACGAUUUCGGCAACAAUUGAUUUAUGUUCUUAGCCAAACUUGUGUAACUUGUUUCAGACGUCAACGAGUGAUUAGUAAUCAAGUAUUAUCAGCAGUUGAUGGAUAUUAA